ACCGCUAAGACUUCUCUCAACUCAAAAACACAAACCCAUAGGAAAAAAAAAAACAUUAGAGACAGUAAUGUCGGAUCAAAGUAAUUUUAUUACCACCAUAUGACCUCAUCAUUCGGGUCAAUCUCAACCGCCGGCAAAGAUUCAACUAUGGACAACAACGCAACCUCAAACUCAAAGCGUCGUCACAAGAACAACCGUCACCAUAACGAAGACGACGACGAAGAAGAAGCUGGAGACCCACAAGUUUGGUCAACAUUUAACACAACAUUCAGACAAGUACAAUCAGUUUUAGACAGGAACCGAAGUUUGAUCCAGCAAGUUAAUGAAAACCAUCAGUCAAGAAUUCCUGAUAACAUGGUCAAGAACGUUGCUUUAAUUCAAGAACUUAAUGAUGUGUUAGCAUGAUGCCCUGUGGAACCGUCUAGUGCUGGUUUUUGUUUUCCUUCAAUCGAGUUCUACGAGGAAGUCAUAUGCUGCUUUCACAGUCUUUCUUUAACUUUUAGGCUUGACAUAAUUUCAUCAAAUUUCAUAUAUACUCGGGAGUUCUGUUUCCAAGAAGCAGAAUUUAGUAGUCUAUUUUCAGUACUUUGGAUUUGCAUAUGUAUGUUUCAGUUUCUCAUUUGGACUUGUUCUAAUAGUGUCUCAAGUUGGUCUGCACUAGAUUAA